GCUACCACAGUAGGUGUGGACGGCCACUCUCAGGCAUACGGGGCCUCCAGGCCAUCUAGCUCUCACAUCAGAGAAUAAGGAAGUCAUCUCUUCCCGCAUCACAGGAUCCCUGACUGCAAUUCCUCCUGAGGCACGCUUCUCAGCCACAUAGCCUUGCUGAUCCCAGCAAUGCCCAGUCCAGUGAACGGUGAUGUCAUACUGUUUGGGUUGGGAUCAUUCCUGAACCGUGAAACAGUUAAGAAAUAUCCUGCCCCACUGGCUGCCAGGCUCAUAAAGGUGGACCCACGUGUACUUCCUUCUUGUUCCAAGACGCAGCAGCUCAUGCACUUGCUCACACCCAGAGAGAGAGACAACACAGGCCUGCCACCUCCCAUGCAAACCACCCCCAGGAGUGCAGCUGGGCUCCUCCCGCUGCUCCUGGGCAAUGCUUCUGGGAAGACCUUGCACAAGAUGUCAUCUCGGGCGCUUUGUCUUUUUACUCAUUGUGGCUCUUUUGAUCGACGCGGUGGGCCUGAUCCUUUUGCUGCUGGGGAUCUUUGCCACGCUAAAUUACUGGGACUUCUUCGUCUACACUGGGGCUCUGAUCCUGGCUUUGAGCCUGCUGUUCUGGCUGGCCUGGUACUGCUUAAAUAUCGAGGUACCUCUUGAGAAAUUGGACUUGUAGGGUGGCCACG